AUGGAACCUUGUCAAAACAACAUAGCCUUCGACCAUAGCGCACCAUGUCCACGUCCGGACAGCUACAACAACGAAAGUGGGACUUUGGAUUUCCCUUUUAUUCUGUUGGUAUUAUUUUAUUGGUUCGUGUGUCACGUUUGGUUAAUAAUCCGCAUAAUAUUUCCGGAGACUCAGAGUACUGAUGAUCAUGGCCAUGGCCGACUCAACACAUUGCCUGCCAAUUCUUCUAAAGGACUGGAUCCCACCGCCAAACGUGCUGAACGUGGGGAAGGACUCGACCUCUACGCAAAUUUGUACCAAAUUGACAGCUGCGCUAUUUGUCUCACUGAGUUCAAGGAGAACAAUGGCGAAGCUGAGGCCGUGAAGGUGAAGGUGAUUCCGUUUUGUAAGCACGUCUUUCAUCCUGAUUGCCUUGACACUUGGCUCUCGGCGCACAGUACCUGCCCUAUUUGUGGAUCCAAAAUUGAUGAUCAGGGUGUGAAUAAGGAGAAGAUCAUGUGUGAAGGCGAAUGUCAGCUGGGCAUGCAGGGUGUGAUGAGUACUACUAGGUCAUCAUCAGGUGAUCAAACAUACAUGACCAUGUGUGUAUAG